UUCAUACCUUCAAUUGCAUAACCUUGGCGCCUUGGCGGGGCGCUGGAACCCGAAAGUCGCCCUCGCGCCCUCGGCACUUUAAAUAUCGACCGCUAUAAUUCAACCAUCUAAUCAACUAGUUUGUUUGAUUCAUAGCAAAGAUGGAGGCCCCAAAGGCGCCUGCGGAGCCAUCCUGGCCCGGCGUGCUGCGAACCAAGGAGUUCAAGGAGAAGAUCAAGUCAGCAAAGGUGCUGUGCGUGGGCGCUGGCGGCAUUGGCUGUGAGCUGCUAAAGACGCUGGUGUGCACGGGCUUCCGGAACAUCGAGGUGAUUGACCUUGACACCAUUGAGACCUCCAACCUGAACCGCCAGUUCCUGUUCCGCAAGCACCACGUGGGACAGAGCAAGGCCAACACCGCGGCGGCCGUGGUGCAGGGCUUCUGCCCCGGCGCCUCCAUCACGCCGUACCACGCCAACGUCAAGGAGGGCCGUUUCGACGUGGACUUCUUCCGCCGCUUCGACCUGGUGCUCAACGGCCUGGACAACUUGGAGGCCCGGCGGCACGUGAACCGGCUGUGUCUGGCGGCGGAGCGGCCGCUGGUGGAGAGCGGCACCGCGGGGUACCUGGGCCAGGUGACGGUGCACAUCAAGGGCCGCACCGAGUGCUUCGAGUGCAGCGCCAAGCCCGCGCCCAAGACCUACCCCAUCUGCACGCUGCGCAACACGCCAGACAAGCCCAUCCACACCAUCGUGUGGGCCAAGGACCUGCUGUUCAACAGGCUGUUCGGCGCGCCGGACGCCGUGUCGGAUCUUGACGACCAGGCGGCACGCGAGGGCGGCCAGCCGGGCAAACAGGAGGAGGGCGACAAGGAAGGGGGCGAGGGCAAGGAGGGGGCAGCCGAGGCGGGGGAGCAGAGCGAGGAGGCGCGAGCCGCCGCCGCCUCGGCCGCCGCCGCAGCCGCGCAGGCCGAGGACCCGUCCUUCUUCCUGCGCCGUGACGGCGAACCGGCGCUCGAGUACGCGGCGCGUGUGUUUGGCCGCGUGUACACCACCGACAUCCAGAGGCUGGCGGAGGUCAAGGAGCUGUGGGAGAAACGGCCGCCCCCCCGGGCGCUGCAUCUGGACCAGCUGCUGCCGCCGGCCGAGAGGGCGGCGCUGCAGGCGGCGCUGGACAAGGCGGCAGAGGCGGGAGCGGGGGCGGGCGCCAGCGCGUGCAAGCUGCUGGGGCUGAGUAACGCCAGCCAGAAGUGGACUCCCGGCCAGAACGCGGCAGUGCUGCUGCUAGCCACGGCGCUGUACCACACCGUGCGGCCCAGCGAGGUGGGCUCCGCCGCCUUCGACAAGGACGACCUCCUGGCUGUGGAGUUCGUGACCGCCGCAUCCAACCUGCGCAGCAGCUGCUACGGCAUCCCCGAGCAGUCGCUGUUUGACGCCAAGGGAAUGGCCGGCAACAUCAUCCACGCCAUCGCCACCACCAACGCCGUGGUCAGCGGACUCAUCGUCACCGAGGCGCUCAAAAUCCUGGCGGGCUGCCUGGGCUCGCUGCGCAACACCUUCCUGUACGAAGUGCCUGUGGACCGGCGGCUGGUGGUGCCGGCCACCGCCUGGGAGCCGCGGCCCAGCUGCAUGGUGUGCGGCAAGACGCAGCUCACCCUGCGCAUAAACACCAAGACCACGCCGCUGUCUGGUCUGGUGGGCGCGGUCAUCAAGAAGCGCCUGGCGGUCAACAGCCCCAACCUCAUGUGCGGCGGCUUCCUGUACGAGGAGGGCGAGGGCCUGGAGGAGGACGAGGAGGCUGCCUACGCGGCGCUGCUGCCUCGGCCCCUGCGCGACCUGCCCGGCGGCGGGCUGGGCCACGGCGCCAUCCUGACGGUGCAGGACCAGAGCCAGCACUGGGGCGUGGACGUCAUCAUCGCGCACACGGAGGACCUGUCCCCCGACGACGCGCCCGAGGGCUUCAUCCUGGAGGGGGCGCUGCCCACGGCCUCCGCACCGGCGCCCCCGGAGCAGGACGGCGGCAAGCAGCAGCAGCAGGAGGCGCCGUCGGCCGCGGCAAAGCGCAAGGCCGCGGCAGCCGUGGCCGAGGACGCGGCGGGCGUGCUGCACAUCACAGACAGCGACGACGACGAUGACGAGCAGGAGGGGAAAGAGGAGGAGGGGCAGCAGCAACAGCAACAGCAGCAGCAGGGGGCAGGCACAUCGGUGGCGGCGGGAGCUGCGGCGGCUACUGCCAAUGACUCCCGGAAACGGCCGCUGGACGAGGACGGUGACGGCGACGGCGCGGCGGCUGGCGGCGGCGGCGGCGGCGGCGGCGGCGAGGAGCGCGGGGCGAAGCGAGCCAAGGCGGAAACGGCGCCGGCCCCGGCCGAAGACAAGGACGGCUGCAUUGUGAUUGACGAUGACGAGGACGACUGAGCUUGAGGCGUGGGGGAGCAGAGCUGCGGCCUUGAAGGCUGAGCUUGAGGCAUGAGGGAGCAGGCCACGGGAGCAGGCCGAGCUCGGCGAAGGGAGCAAGUGGAGCAGCGUAGAGGAGGAGACGGCUUGCGGUGAGGGGCGCGCGCGCGCUGGGAAUCGCUGGAGGGUGCGGGAGUGGUGCGGGGUCGCAAGGGGCAAAGGGUUCUCGAUGCGUCGCUAUACUCAAAACGUGAGUUUGGUUUUUUGUGUGGGUUGCGAGCGAGCAGGAUGACAGCGCUUACAGCCUGCGAGCUUUAGCAGAGCAGGGCCGAAGAGCCGCAAAUAGAAAUCGUGUUGGAUCCGACGUCUGUCGAUCGGCGGCGCAUGAGGCGGGGGGCUUGGCGGGAACCGGGAAGCCUGCCGUCCCGAGCCCAUUUGUUACACACCAAGUCACUUUCU